GGAGUACAACCAACUCACAACACGGCCAACAACUUCCCCGACCGACGCGCUCUCUCUGUCUCCGCGGGCGCCUGGACCGGCGCAACACCGGGCUCGGUUUCGGGGGCGCGCCAUAAUGGACAUGCUGUAGUGGUCUAGGCAGGCUCAUUGGGAACAGCUUCUGUCCAGCGUUGCUCCCAAGGGUCCUGCCACCCUCGGGUCUUCGCCAUGGAUUUCUUUGACGACCCCAACCUCUUCGUGGGAGGUUUGGAGGGACUGGACGAAGAUGGCUUCACUGCAGCGCCGUCGCUUGUGGAUGAGCUCAACCUCGCUGCGGACUUUGAACCCCUGCAGGUGGAGGCCCUCGCCCCGGGGAAGCACCAUCAGGACAUGAUGACACCGGCCUCCAUCCCACAAGCGCUGCCCGGUUACAGUCAGCCGCUGGGUCAUUACGUCGCUGUCAAGGCGGAGAAUCCUGCAGGACAAACAUUUCCCGGCUCUCGGAGCGUAAGCUGUGGCAUGAUUGCAGAGCAACGCGGCCAGCACCACAACGCCGCCGUCAGCCAGGUACCUCAAUCCAACGGGCUGUUCUGUAACAGCAGCAGUCCGAUGUGGGGCAACCAAGACCAGAAUGGGAACGUGUUCCACCCCUUAUCUCAGCAGCACCAACAUCAGCAACAACAGCUUUGUCAUCAGCAACUGCACAACCAGCAACUUCGUGCCAGGCAGCACACGCAGCAGCAAAACCACUCUUAUCACCACCAACAAGAGGAGCAGCAGCACAGGCUGCGACAGCAGCAGCUGCAACAGCAGCAAAAUCAACAGCAACAGCUGUUGAACCAGCACCAACAGAUUAGCACACCGACUGUUGCUCUGCUGCAACAGCAGCAUCACACUUUCGCUUUUCACCAGGGAGGUCAUUCCAGUCGCCAACAGCAGAUGCAUCACUCCCAACCGCAGAUGCAGCACCAAAUAACCAUGAAUGAGUCGCAGUUUCACGCCAGGGUUAUUCCAAGAAAGCCUUACUUGGAAGGUCAGACUCCUUCUCUGAGUGGAGCUUCCUUACAAGCGCCGCCGCCGCCGCAGCAGCAACAGCAGCGGCAGCAGCAGCAGCAGGGUAGUUACCAGUUGGUCCGGAGAGGUCAAGCCUUCCCCGGACCAGGUUUAGAAGAUUCUAGCAUGUCAUUCUCUGCACAUUCAUCGUCUAUAGUUCACUCCCUGCCCCCAUGCUCUGUCAGCUCUGCUAAUGCUUACCAACCAGCUCCGUAUCCUGCCUACCCCGGAGAGGCAGAAAUACCCGGUCUGAGUCAGCAGCCCUUAUCCUCCGCCUCAGCGUCGAGGCCCACCACCACCCAACCACUCAACUCCACCGAGCCCGAGCUGCCGGGGACGGCGUGCCAGUUCCAGUCGCCCCCACUUAUGAGUCAGCUGCCCACCAGAACAACCGUCAGCCAGGCCGAGGAGUGUCCCUACCGGGCCCUGCACUCCUCCGGGGAAACCCAGGGAAACUGCAAGUCAUCCGAGAUGUUUGGCGAGUCAAUGAAUUGCUAUCCUAGCCUGGCGAGCCACCUGCCCUCUGAGCAGCCUCGGAGCUGUGGGGCCAUCAACACUAACGGAUACCAAGCUUUGGGAGACGCUCUACUGCCGGCGGAAGCCCCGCAUGGAGGUUUGGAGGGUUUGGAGCCUACUGACCUUUUACCCGACUUACUCCCCCAGCUGGAAGAUGCUUUCAGGCAGCAGGAGGAGUCCAACUACUCCUGGGUCGACUCCAGCCAGGAGAAGGGAUAUGGGAAUAGCACAUCAACACCUUUCGACUGCAAGGAUGAAAAGCCUCGAAAGAACACCAAUGGUCCUGGCAUCCAGAUGCGGGUCCACAGCCCGCCAGUGAAGAGCAGCUCGUCGUCCUCUUCAUCGUCGUCUUCAUCGUCAUCCUCCUCGUCAUCCUCCUCGUCCAGCUCCUCGUCGGAGAAGAGGUUGGCGCGGCGGCACAAUCCGAUGGAUUCAACUCCUCAGGACAAGCAGGAGAAGGCCAACAGAAUAAUAUCGGAGGCUAUUGCUAAGGCCCGGCAGCGGGGGGAGAAGAACAUCCCGCGGGUCAUGAGUCCGGAGAGCUUCCCCAGCUCCUCGGCUCAGCACAAACGGCGGAACCGUGAGCACAAAGGAAACGGCAAGGCCAGGCCCCGGGAGAAGGUCUGUAGGAAGGCCUGCAUCGUACCCACCGCCAAGCCCAAGCAGAAGACCAAGAUCGGGAAAAUUGUCAUCAAGAUUGGGAAAAAGAAAAAACGAAAACAGGAGUCUUCAGAGGAGGAGUCGGAUAACGACCCUCCCCCUCGGCACGCCACCAAGGACGUCGACUCGAAGAGGCGGUCUAAUCGCCAGGUGAAGAGAAAGAAGUACGCUGAAGAGCUGGAGGCCAGGAUGUCAGACGAGGAAGUCAAGGUUAUCGUCAGAGCCAAGAAAGCCAACCCCGCAGCGUCCAAGCAGCCUGCUGUGCAGCUCUUUGUUGAGAAUCCCAGUGAAGAGGAUGCUGCUGUUGUGGACAAAAUCAUGUCUUCUCAUAUCAUUAAGAAGGAGGUGUCUCCAGGGGUGACGGUUGAAGUGGAGGAGUUUUUUGUAAAAUACAAAAACUACUCCUACCUACACUGUGAGUGGGCAACAGAGCAGCAGCUGGUGAAGGACAAGAGGAUUCAGCAGAAGAUCAAACGCUUCAAGAUAAAACAGGCGCAGAGGGCGCUCUUCUUCGCAGAUAUGGAGGAAGACCCCUUUAACCCUGACUACGUAGAGGUGGACAGAGUGCUGGAGGUGUCUUAUUGCGAGGACAAAGACACAGGGGAGGAGGUGGUGUACUACCUGGUGAAGUGGUGUUCUCUGCCGUACGAGGACAGCACCUGGGAGCUGAAGGACGAUGUGGAUCAGACCAAGAUCGAGGAGUUUGAGCAGCUGCAGGCAGCCAAGCCAGACUCCCGGAGGAUGGACCGGCCCCCGGCCAACCUGUGGAAGAAGAGGGAACAAUCACGGCAGUACAGGAACGGCAACACGCUCAGGGACUACCAGCUCGAGGGGGUCAACUGGCUUCUCUUUAACUGGUACAACAGACGCAACUGCAUCCUGGCAGACGAGAUGGGCCUGGGCAAGACCAUCCAGUCCAUCACAUUCCUAGAGGAGAUCUAUCGCGUCGGCAUCAAAACGCCCUUCCUCAUCAUCGCCCCUCUUUCCACCAUCGCUAACUGGGAACGCGAGUUCCGGACCUGGACCCACCUCAACGUGAUCGUGUACCACGGGAGCAUGGUCAGCCGGCAGAUGCUGCAGCAGUAUGAGAUGUACUUCAGGGAUGCACAGGGUCGUGCCAUUCGAGGCGCCUACAAGUUUCAAGCCGUCAUCACCACGUUUGAGAUGAUCCUCGGAGGCUGUCCCGAGCUCAACGCUAUAGAGUGGCGCUGCGUGAUCAUCGACGAGGCCCAUCGCCUCAAGAACAAAAACUGCAAGCUUCUGGAAGGCUUCAAGCUGAUGAACCUUGAGCACAAGGUCCUGCUAACGGGUACGCCUCUCCAGAACACGGUGGAGGAGCUCUUCAGCCUGCUCCACUUCCUGGAACCAGCACGUUUCCCCUCUGAAAACAACUUCAUGCACGAGUUCGGAGACCUCAAAACCGAGGAGCAGGUACAGAAGCUCCAGGCCAUCCUGAAGCCCAUGAUGCUGCGGCGUUUGAAAGAGGACGUGGAGAAGAAGUUGGCACCGAAAGAGGAGACCAUCAUCGAGGUGGAGCUCACCAACAUCCAGAAGAAGUACUAUCGCGCCAUCCUUGAGAAGAACUUCUCCUUCCUCUCUAAGGGGGCGGGCCAGGCCAACAUGCCCAACCUGGUCAACACCAUGAUGGAGCUGCGGAAGUGCUGCAACCACCCCUACCUCAUCAAAGGGGCAGAAGAGAAAAUCCUGGAGGACUUCAGGGAAGUGCACAGUCCCACUGCCGUUGACUUUCACCUGCAGGCGAUGGUGCAGUCUGCCGGGAAGUUGGUCCUCAUCGAUAAACUGCUGCCCAAAAUGAAGGCUGGAGGCCACAAAGUGCUCAUCUUCUCCCAGAUGGUGCGCUGCCUGGACAUCUUGGAAGACUACCUCAUUCAGAGAAGGUACUUGUACGAGCGGAUUGAUGGACGUGUCCGUGGGAACCUGCGGCAGGCCGCCAUCGACCGCUUCAGCAAGCCCGACUCCGACCGCUUCGUUUUCCUCCUGUGCACAAGAGCCGGCGGCCUGGGAAUCAACCUCACGGCGGCCGACACCUGCAUCAUCUUCGACUCCGACUGGAACCCUCAGAACGACCUGCAGGCCCAGGCUCGCUGCCAUCGGAUCGGUCAGAACAAGGCGGUGAAGGUGUACCGCCUGAUCACCAGGAACUCGUACGAGCGGGAGAUGUUCGACCGCGCCAGCCUCAAGCUGGGCCUGGACAAAGCCGUGCUGCAGAGUAUGAGCGGCCGAGAUAACAGCCUGGGAGGAAGCACCGGCGGAGGGGCUGUGCAGCAGCAGCAGUUAUCUAAGAAGGAGAUUGAAGAUCUGUUGCGGCGAGGCGCUUAUGGGGCCAUCAUGGAUGAGGAGGACGAAGGGGCCAAAUUCUGUGAAGAAGACAUCGAUCAGAUCCUCCAGCGUAGGACGAAGACCAUCACCAUCGAGUCUGAGGGACGAGGCUCCACCUUUGCUAAGGCCAGUUUUGUGGCAUCUGGAAACCGCACAGACAUCUCUCUGGAUGACCCCAAUUUCUGGGACAAGUGGGCGAAAAAGGCUGACAUUGAUAUGGAAAUGGUCAAUGGCAGAAAUAGCCUGGUGAUUGACACGCCUCGGGUCAGGAAGCAGACGAGGCCCUUCAGCGCCACCAAAGACGAGUUAGCUGAGCUUUCAGAGGGCGAAAGUGACGGCGACGAAACCAAACCUAAACUUAGGCGGAACCACGAUCGCGGGAACAGCUACGGCCGCACAGAGUGCUUCAGGGUGGAGAAGAACCUGCUCGUAUACGGAUGGGGCCGCUGGAAGGAUAUCCUCAACCACGGGCGCUUUAAGAAACAGUUGACUGAGUGGGACGUGGAGUCCAUCUGCAGGGCCCUGCUGUCGUACUGCCUGGUCCAUUACCGCGGCGAUGACAAAAUCAAAAGCUUCAUGUGGGACCUCAUCGCCCCCGGCGAGGACGGAAGCACAAAGGAGCUGCAGAAUCACCUGGGCUUGUCCGCCCCGGUUCCUCGGGGCAGAAAGGGUAAAAAGAUGAAGACCCAGUCCAGCUCUUUCGACAUCCACAAGGCCGAGUGGCUCAGGAAACACAACCCCGAGCACAUGCUUCAGGAUGACGGCUACAAGAAGCACCUGAAGCACCACUGCAACAAGGUGCUGCUCAGGGUCAGAAUGCUCUACUACCUGAAACAAGAGGUGAUAGGAAGCCUGGCCCAGAAGGUGUUGGAUGGCGGGGACUCCAGUGAGGUAAAGAUCUGGGUUCCAGAUCCGGACCAUUCAGACCUGCCGGCCCUGUGGUGGGAUGCGAUCGCUGACAAGUGUCUGCUGCUUGGCAUCUUUAAGCAUGGUUAUGAAAAGUACAACACUAUUCGUGCGGACCCGACCCUGUGCUUCUUAGAGCGCGUGGGACGGCCAGAUGAGAAGGCCAUCGCUGCAGAGCAGAGGAGCAACGAUUUCAUGGACGGGGAUGUGGACGAUCCAGAGUACAAGCCUGCUCCAGCUCUGUUGAAGGACGACAUGGAGGAUGACGCCUCUUCUCCUGGAGACUUGGUCGUCUCUGAUAAUGCUGGAGACGCAGCUCCGGUGACUGAAGGCCAGACCACCUACUGGCCGUCCCCGUCGGUGCUGACGGCCCGGCUGAGGCGGCUCAUCACGGCCUCCCAGCGCUACACCAAAAGCCGGCAGAUCCUGCAGAUCCACCAGACGCAGACGCAGACGCAGUCGCAGUCCCAGCAGGCCUUGGUCCUGUCUGCCCCGCUCUGCCCGCUGCCCCCCACCGUCAACGACACGCUCAACCCCAAGAUGGCUGCCAAGAUUGAACGUCAGCAACGGUGGACGAGGCGAGAGGAGGCCGACUUCUACCGAGUCGUCUCCACCUUCGGCGUGGUCUUUGACCCAAACCUGGGCCGCUUCGACUGGACCAAGUUCAGGGCCAUGGCUCGACUGCACAAGAAGACCGACGAGAGCCUGCAGAAGUACCUGUGCGCCUUCACCGCCAUGUGUCGCCGGGUGUGCCGCCUGCCGCCCAAGGACGGAGACUCGGGGGCGGACCCGUCUCUGACCAUCCAGCCCAUCACAGAGGAGCGGGCGUCCCGUACCCUGUACCGCGUGGAGCUGCUCCGCCAGGUCCGGGAGCAGGUCCUGCGCCACCCUCUGCUCUUCGAGCGCCUGUCGCUCUGCCAGCUGAGCUCCGACCUGCCCGUGUGGUGGGAGGCCGGGGCUCACGACCGCGACCUGCUGGUCGGCGCCGCCAAGCACGGCGUGAGCCGCACCGACUACCACAUCCUCCGAGACCCCGAGCUCAGCUUCAUGACGGCGCAGCGCAACUACAGCCAGACCAAGGCGGCGCAGCAGCAGGGCCGCCCCCCCGCCGCGCUGGCGGCGCUGGCGGGCUCGCCGCUGCCGCCGCCCGCCCACAGGGACCCGGACCCCGGGGAGCUCGUCCCCAAGGUGGAGCCGCCCUCGGAGGAGGAGGAGGGCAAAGGGAUCAAGGCCGAGGGCUGGAGCCCGCCUCCCGCUCCAGCCACGCCCACCGGCCUGGAAGAGAAGCCCGUUUCCAUGGAGAUGGACAUUGACAGGCAGAUGGCGGCGGCACGCACCAAGCCUCUCACGCCCAACUCCUCGGAGAAGAAACCCAAGAAGUCGAGCAAGAGGGGGCGCAGGGAGGCCCGGCGCGGCUCGGGGUCCGACUCGGACGGCUCCUCCUCCAGCUCUUCGUCACGUUCCUCGUCGUCGUCUUCAUCCACCUCCUCCUCCUCCUCACAUUCCGGCUCCAGCUCGUCUUCCUCGUCGUCCUCCUGCUCCUCCGGCUCCUCCUCGUCUUCGUCCUCCUCCUCGUCCUCUUCCGACAGCGAAAGUGAGGGGGAGGAGGAGAAGAAGAAAGUGCCAGCAGCCGCCGGCGUCAAGGCCUUCGACGAGGACAGCGUGGCGUCUCUGAGCGCGACGCGGGAUGAAGCGCAGGACCCCCACGUGGCUGAGAACGGCGUGUCCAGCAACUCGUUCCACCCGUUUCAGGGCGGAGGGUACAUGUUGGCGGCGUCCUACUGGCCCAAGGAUCGUGUGAUCAUAAACCGCCUGGACAGCAUCUGCCAGGCGGUGCUCAAGGGCAAAUGGCCCGGCCCGCGUCGGGUCUACGAGCCCGGAGGCGCCGUGGCCUCCUUCUACACCACCAAGCUGCUGGACAACGCCAACAGCCUGUGCGAGGACCCCUCUGCCUCGCCUCAGGGGUCAAAGGUGACCAAGCAUGUUGCAGAAAACAAGGAGUUCUCAGUAAAACUCAACGAUCAGGAGGGCGGGCUGAAGCUGACCUUCCAGAAGCAGGGUCUGCCUCUGAAGAGGCCGCUGGAGUCGGAGGAAGGCCCGCAGGCCCAGCAGCAGUACCUGGCCCGGCUGCACGAGCUGCAGAGCGCGUCGGACACGGGCCUGGCUGACAUCAGCAACCCCCAGAGCAGCUUGCCGACGGUUUCUCCAGGUCUGACCGGUCAGAUGAGGCUGAACGGAGCGCUGGACGGUCAGCCCAUCGUCAAAAAGCGGAGGGGCAGGAGGAAGAACGUGGAGGGAAUGGACCUGCUUUUCAUGAACAGGAACCGAGUCCCUGCUGUUAAUCAUCAGGUGCCGCCGGGGUGGGGGGGCAUUGGCCAGGUGGGCUUGAGCGGCGCUGCCGUGCCCGGCGUCAGCCAGAGCGCCGGUCCGGCUCCCGCCGACUCCGAGAGCAGAGUCCCCGUUAUCAACCUCAAGGACGGCACCCGGCUGGCGGGGGACGACGCACCCAGGAAGAAAGACCUGGAGUCGUGGCUGAAAGAGCACCCCGGCUUUGUGGCGGACACGGGGGCCUUCAUCCCUGGAGUAAAUAAGAUGCAGAUGCAGUUCCACUUCCAGGACGGUCGGCCCAAGCAAAAAAGGCACCGCUGUAGGAACCCCAACAAGAUCGACGUUAACAGCCUGACGGGGGAGGAAAGGGUCCAAAUCAUCAACAGGAGAAAUGCACGCAAGAUCGGUGGUGCCUUUGCUCCUCCUCUGAAGGAUCUGUGCCGGUUCCUUCAGGAGAAUCCAGAGUACGGCGUCCCACCCGAGUGGGCUGAUGUGGUCAAACAGUCGGGCUACCUCCCGGAGAGCAUGUUUGACCGGAUCCUGACGGGACCCAUCGUUCCCGAGGAGGUGAGCCGGCGAGGCCGGCGGCCGAAGAACCCCCUGGCGAAGGCGGCGGCGGCUGCGGCGGCCCCCAACGCGGCAGCCUCCUCCGUCGGCCUGAACCCUCUCCUGGCUAACGGCCUUCUCUCUGGUAUGGACCUCACCAACCUGCAGGCCUUCCAGCAAAACCUCCAGAGUUUACAGUCUUUGCAGCUCACCGCAGGCCUUCUGGGGCUGCCGUCCGACGCCAGCAACCUGGCCGCAAGUAACUUGGCUGCUAUGUUUCCCAUGAUGCUGUCCGGCAUGACCGGCUUGCCCAAUCUGAUUGGCAUGAGCACCUUGCUGGGGAAACAGGCUCAGGAAGGAGUCGGAGGCUCUGAAGAGAAGACAAAGGGAAACGCCAGCGGCGGCGCAGAGGAGCCAUCGGCCACACAAGCCCCUUCUCACACCUCGGACCCCAAAGGAGAAAGGACAGAGGGCUCGGACAUGACUCCUUCCUCCACUUCCAGCUCCGCCUCCCCUGCUACCGCCACACAAAGUGCUUCAGCUGCCUCCGCAGCCACCAGUCACCCACUUUCUCUUAACCCCUUGUUACUCUCCAGUAUGCUUUACCCAGGGAUGCUUCUCACUCCAGGCCUUAACCUUCCUGUGUCUGCCACACAGCCGCAGAGCUCAAACAGUGACCUUUCCACCCUCCCAUCUGCUGCCGCGCCUCCUCCUGCCACCUCCCAGUCGCCGUCGCUGGAGACGGAAAAGCCCCGGGCAGCGAGAGACGCAGAGGAGGAGGACGAGGUGCUGGAAGAGGCUUUGGAUGAAGACGACGACGAGGAGGACGAUUCUGCAGAACAAAAAGAAAACAGUGGUCCCGAAGGUUCAGCGAAGGCUGAUUCAUCUUCAUCAGAUUCUGGGAGCUCAUCUUCAGACAAUUCAGACUCCAGCGAUGAGGACUAAUCCUAUGAAUAUAUAAUUAUAAAUUUAUUUAUGUAUUGCCUAGAAAUGUAAACAUAUAUUCACAUAUAUAUGGAUUUUCCAGCACUUAUGUUGCGAUUUCUUUACGUGUAAAUACAAGAACUAACUACAAUGUUGUGUUAUAAAGACUACAAAAACCUUAAAAAAAAAACUUUAAAAAAACGGGAAUAACUGACCUAAAAAAACUGAAAUAAAAUGUCCAUGUUUGUUCACAAGGUACAGUCUGUUUUGAGACAUUUUGCAUGUCAAAUUUUAGUAGAUUUCUGAACUCUGUGAACUUGUACCAGGCAAUUAUGUACAAUUGCAACGAAAAAGGCAUUAUUGUAAUUAUGUCAGGAUUAAUUUUAUUAAACAAACAAACAAAAAAAAAAAGUGAAACUACAUCAACAUGCUCAUUGAGCUGUACUAUUAAUAUAUUUUGAUUGUCGGGGAGGGGGGGGGGGUCGACGCUUGACAAACACUUGGGUUUCACCUGUAAAUAGUGAGUACUUUGCAGGUUCGUUGACACAUAUGCUUUGCAGAUCAUACGUUGGAUAUGUCAGCAAUAACCUGGGCAGCUAAUGAAUGUCACUGAAGCUGUAGAUUCUCUGUCUGCCACCCCCGGUCCAUAACUCGCACAGUCUCCGCAACCUUCACGUCACAUUCAGGAGGUUAUUUCUUCUUCUGCUCUUAUCCGGUUCGGGUGGGGAAAAGAAAAAAGAAAUAGCUUAAGUUCUCAGCUAAUAUAUCAAGUCAGGGUCAAGUAUUGCAUUUCCUUUCUUUUUCCGACCGAAAACAAACCGAAAUCAACGCACCAUUUCUCAGCCGUCAGGUUUCCUUCUUUUUUCUUUUUUUUUUUUGGCUACGUUUCCUGGAAUCUAACAGUUAGAAACGAAUCAUCUUCGCCUUCACCUUACGACAGACAUGCCGCUGCAUGUUCAAGGUGCACUUUAGCUUCCCACUGUAGGCAUCCGUGUUCACUUGCACAUCUGUUGUUUCUGACUAGGAAGCUCCCGGAGCUACUGCGACCGAACGCAACCUUCUACUGUGUGCCAAAAAAACUGCCCUUUGACCGCUUCAGGUCCCGACAGUGUUGUGUGCAUAUUAUUACUACAGCCCUGGUGUAUUUGACUGCAUUUUUACCUCAAUUUUUGCUAAACGGAUUGGCUUCACUGUGCAGAUGUACAUGUACAUGGGUGAAGCUCCUCGCUGUCCACGUACACGACGCCCUUCUCUCUAGCGGGCCGUGCGUCAGAGGCCUUUUCUCGCCCCGUCUCUCUCCUCCCGAGUCCCGAGAGCUUCCACCGCGUCGUUUCUCUCCCCGGGCUGGCACUUACUUCCACAACUCUCCGGUCCAAAUGUUUGGCAUCGAAGGGAAGGGGGUUGGGGGGCUUCAUAAACCCGUAGAAAUGCCGCAUUUACAAGUGUUCUUCAGCUUCAGACGCGUCUCAUCAGAAAUUCUGGAGGAAAUGGAAGAUGUUGAGGGUACAUGUUGCAUGACAACCUGUGUUUUUCUUGUUGUUUUUAUUUUGACAGAAUAUACAGUACGUGCCACAAGCACAAGCCGGAUCAAAUCCUGGCUGAGAUUGUAGUGACCGCCGUCGUUUUAUUUUAUUUUAAUUUUUUUUUUUGAGUGUUUAAAAAAAAGUUCUGUGCCCGGAUGGCUGUUGCUUCAGGAAGGACUUGACACGUUUCGGCUUGUGUUGCUGGAAGUUCGCAGCUCAUUUUGUCCCAUUUUCACCCAACAACUCUGUCCUGCUGACCGACGGAGCUUAAACUAGAUGUAGAAGUGCCCUUAUCCCGUACGUCACCCACCAACCCUCCCCCCAAACCCCUCCCAUCAUCCAGCCGCUCGCAUCUGUGCUGGACGUUCAAGCGCAUGUCGUUCAGCCUCCCCGCUCUCGGCCGCCGCUGGGCUGCGACCAGGACACUCUCACAAACACUGGAGUACACUCGAGCCCCAAGUACCUUCUUUUAUAGUUCUCUCCGGCACAACAGUGCACACUCUAGGACUGCUGUUACACAGUGGACUGUUAGUUAUACAAAUAUUUCCCAGGUGGGGGUUUUGGCGUGGGCCGAGGGCCGGCUGAAUUUAAACUGUUUAAUCCUUGAGUAUAGCUGUAGCAUCUCUCUCUCUCUUUCUCUCUUUCUAUCCCUCUCUCCCUUUCUCUCUCUCUCUCUCUCUCUCUGGUGGGUUCAACCUUGAACAAUUGCACAGUCUGAACACACAGACUUAAGACAUGUCUGGUUUCUAAUGUUGCUUUAAAGUGGUUUUCUUGUAUGCCUGUUCUAUAUAGACCUCGUAAUGGGUUUGCUUGCAAUGCAAUUGCAUUUCUUUCUCUCCCUCUCUUUUUUUCUUUUUUUUUUUUUAAUAUUAUUACUAGCAGUACGGUAUUUUUCUAUGUCUGAGCAAAGAACUUAAACAUGCCACUGUCAUUUUGUAUACCUGCACCUCUGCUCUCUUCUAACUCGUAGUGCCCUUAUGCAAACACGCAGCCACUGCUGUGUCUGCUGUAGGCGACUGAUCUAAGGACUUGUUUUUUCGCUUCCUCAGCAACGGGUCGACGGAUCGGUGGCUGUGCUGAGGCUCUCCAGGACACAAGUGGGGGGGUUUAAAAAAAAAAAAAAAGGAAAAAAAGAGACAUUAGGUGGGGACGUUUUUGGGUUUCACGUUUUACUUUUCAUUUUCUUUUUUUCCAUUGCUGUAUUGUACAAGAACUCCCAAAGCACUGUGGCACUAAAGAAAGCAGCGCUGAAUCUGGGUUGACACAAAUGAACAGAGACCAAUAUGCAAGAGGAAAGACAAAACACACUACUGCUGUACAGGGAGGUGUUUUUUUUUGUUUGUUUUUAUUUCAGUUUUCACAUAUGUAAUCACUGAAAAGACAGAACUAGCAUCAUGGGUUUGUAUUUUUAGUUAAAGCUCGAUAAAAUCCUUACUGUCAAUCUGAUCAGUUUUUUUUUCUUUUCAUUUGACAAUUGUAAUAUUUGCAAGUUGUGGUCUGUGUAGUCAAGUUAUGUAGUGCAGGAAAAUGCGUCUUAAAGUCAUUUGUAAUUUAUUGGAUUACUUUCUAUGAAGUUCUAUAGAGGAAAUUGAGGUUUAAUUAUUUUUAUUAAACAUACUCUUCUGACUAUUAA